GAAGCUCUCAGCAGAUGGAUGGGGAGCCAGAAGCGGGAUGGAGUGGGAAGGUGGGCUUCCCCUGGAGUCGGGCCGCUCAGCAGCUGGGCUCUCCUCUAACCACCCCUGGCCGAAUUCCACAUCGCCUGUGUCAUUCUGCCGCUGAUGGCCUGCCGAAGUCUGUGUGUUCUGCUGGGGAUUUUGGAACGCCUGGAGAGUGGGGAGGUUGUGAUUGGAGAUGGCAGCUUUCUCAUUAGUCUGGAGAAGAGAGGCUACGUGAAGGCUGGGCUCUGGACUCCAGAGGCAGUGAUAGAACACCCAGACGCAGUUCGUCAACUUCACAUGGAAUUCUUGAGAGCAGGAUCAAAUGUCAUGCAGACUUUCACCUUUUCUGCCAGUGAGAACAAUAUGAAAGCAAGAGAGAAAGCACCUCAUAGAUGCUCUUUUUACCUUCUCAUUUCAUUGUUUCUCUUCUGGAGACAUGGAGGCCCUAAAAAACACGACACUGGUGUAGAAAUGAGAAAAAAUGGGUUUAAUAUCCAGCAAUUGUGGGAAGAUGUGAAUGCUGCCUGUGACCUCGCCAGGGAAGUGGCUGGCAAAGGUGAUGCUUUGGUUGCAGGGGGAAUCUGCCAGACAUCAAUAUACAAAUACCACAAAGAAGAAGCUAGAAUUAAAAAACUUUUUCGACAACAGCUAGAAGUUUUUGCCUGGAAAAAUGUGGACUUCUUGAUUGCAGAGUAUUUUGAGCAUGUUGAAGAAGCUGUGUGGGCUGUGGAAGUCUUAAAAGAAUCCGAUAGACCCGUGGCAGUUACCAUGUGCAUAGGCCCAGAGGGAGACAUGCAUGAUACAACCCCCAGAGAAUGUGCCGUGAGGCUGGUGAAGGCAGGGGCUUCCAUCGUUGGCGUGAACUGCCGCUUUGGGCCCGAGACCAGCUUGAAGACGAUGGAGCUCAUGAAGGAGGGUCUUGAGCGGGCAGGGCUGAAAGCGCACCUCAUGGUGCAGCCCCUGGGGUUCCACACGCCCGACUGUGGCAAAGAGGGGUUUGUGGACCUCCCAGAAUAUCCCUUUGGACUGGAGUCCAGAGUUGCCACCAGAUGGGAUAUUCAAAAAUAUGCCAGAGAGGCCUACAACCUGGGGGUCAGGUACAUUGGCGGGUGCUGUGGAUUUGAGCCCUACCACAUCAGGGCAAUUGCAGAGGAGCUGGCCCCAGAAAGGGGCUUUUUGCCACCAGCUUCAGAAAAACAUGGCAGCUGGGGAAGUGGUUUGGACAUGCACACCAAACCCUGGGUUAGAGCAAGGGCUCGAAGGGACUAUUGGGAGAAUCUGCUGCCAGCUUCAGGCAGACCUUUCUGUCCUUCGCUGUCAAAGCCAGACAUCUAAGGAGCAGUGAAAGAAAACCCUGAAAUAACAGAACAGAAAAAAAGUUGCCCUCAAGCCCGACCUGGAACCCUUCCUCGCCUUCAUCCUCACCAUGCCCUGCUAUCUCCAGCUGCUGAGCAGCUGAGGUUCUGCAGCCCCUUCCCUUCCAGUCCACAAGCGCGUACAUAUUGAGCUCCUGCUGUGGUUAAGCACUGCAACAGACGCUAUCACAGAUGCAGAGAAGCGAGAGGCACCUUGUCCUCCAAGAACUUACUGGCCAAUAAUGCUGCAGUGCAUUCCUUUGAAGAUCAUCAGGAAUAGCCAAACUUGUCUUUGAGGGUGAAUUUGACACUUUAAAAUAAUCAGAAGUCACUGAGACCCAAAGCUAGUGAAUAAUUCAAGUGACUAAGCUAGGUACUUGAGGAUGAUAGAGCAACACUAAACUAAAGCAAUGAGUCUGCUUUUCUUUAAUGAUUUAUAUGAUAACUCCAAAGGCAAUCCCAAAAGAAAAGAUGUAAAGAAUGUUUUGAGCAAUGGUAGGAUUAUUGAAAUAAAUGUAUAACUAUCCAAAGUGAUUACUUUCAAAGAUGAUUUUUACUUAACGAUAUUAGGUCCGGCCAGGUGAAGUGACUCACAUCUG